UAUCCGGCCGUAAGUGUAGCGCCACAACCUCCACCACCAGUGCAACCGCAGCAGUAUUCUCCUGUUGCACCUCGUUAUCCGACUCCAGUACCGAAUACCUCAAACAUAAGUCCUUGUUAUCCCACAGCAGGCCCUCCACCUUCAUCCGCACAUGAUAUGCGCUCCCCACAGUUGAUGUCUCCAACUCAGGCUCCAAUUGUUCCAGCAGGUGUUCCACAGGCCGCACCGCCAACUAUGGUCGCACCUGUGCCCGCGAAUGCCCCACCACCGCCUAUGCAACGGAAUAUUCCAAGUAAAUUGCAAACGAAUGGCACGUCAAUAGCACCUCAGCAACAUAUGCAACGUAUGGUGCCGCAAUCGGCACCGUUCUAUGGACAUGAGCCGAAUAUCGCCAAUAAUGUAUCGCCUGACAUGUGUCUUAUUGGGUGUUUCUUUAUUGUUGUCGAACAUGAACGUGUAUUGGUGGAUCGUUUGGAUUUGCAAGAGAUUAGUGCAAUCGUGAGACUACAUGGCGGCGAGAUUGAGAUAGGACCACGUGCCUAUACAGGCGCUAAUUCAGAACGAAUAACACAUGUCAUUUGUGAAUCGUUGAGAAAUCAACUAGUACAGCAAUGUAUUUCUAUGUUAAUGAACAAAUACUCGUUUCAGAUAAUCGCAAUCAACGGUUUCAGUCACAACGAACGCAGCGGUAUUCGUAUGAUGAUCAUCGCCAUCGGUGCUCGUUUUACACCCUACCUCACCAAGCAUAAUCACUUCCUUAUCACUAAAACGUCAGUUUACAAUCGCCCUUCUCGUAUUUGUUUGAUUAUUCUAGAUCGUGUCCUCAUUUUAGCCGAAGGUGCAAAAGUGGAGAAGAGUCGUGAAUUGGGAGUUACAGUAGUGAAUUAUCAGUGGCUUAUUGAAUUGUAUUUGGGUAUGAAAACAUCGAUCCAAGAGAACGAAAGUGCCUAUUGUCCAGUGCCUGGAAUGUUUCCAGAGGUGAACGUCUCACCGUAUACACUCGAGUUGUACAGUGAAGUUUGCAAGCAACUUUUAGCGGCUUGGAGGAAACCAGUGAUUUUCUCGCCUGAUCAGUGGCAGCGUGCGGCUGAAGUGAAACGAAGCGUUGAGAAUGAUGAGAGCAUUUUUCCAAACAAGAAACUUCGGAUGUCAACGCCACCACCAACUGACGAACAAAUCGUGGAACAACGAGCCCAGUUGGGACCACUGAAAGAUGCACCAAUUGUUUGUUUCAGUGGAUUCACAGCUGAAGAAGUGUCUGCGCUUGAGAAGAAAGUGCGUUUCCUUGGUUGUCAAGUAACGGAUUGUGUCUCUGAAUGCACGCAUUUGGUUGUACUAAAUCUUUGGCGAACAAUGAAAUUACUUGAAGCGAUUGCAUUGGGAAAAAAUAUUGUUGGUGCAAAUUGGGUCACUGAUGGUUAUCGAUAUAGAGUUAUACCAGAUACUUUGGACUAUUUUGCACGUGACGAUGAGAACGAGAAAGCGUUCGGUUACAAUUUAAAGUAUAGCGUUUUACGAGCUAGGUAUCGACGUGUUUUUGAGGUCAGUUCCGUUGCUUUCCAUGUCAGAUUUACGAUUUAUGUUUUCAUUUUUGACUGUUUCAUGUUUGAUAGCUGA